AUGUAUUUAUGGAGGACCACAAAAGUAUUAAAGCAUCAUAUUCAAAUAACUCCAGGAACACAACCUCAAAACUCAGCUCCAUUUCGAUGUGCAUUGGCGAGAAUGCGCGAUGUAUAUCCAAUACCACGAGUUGCUGAUACAUUAGAUGCUCUACAGGAAGCAAAGUUUGUGUCUACUUUGGAUUUGCGUUCAGGAUAUCGGCAAGUUGAACUUGAUUCAGAAAGUAAAGAAAAAACAGCCUUUAUCAUGCAUAAAGGCUUAUUCCAAUUUAAUUUCAUGCCAUAG